AUGAAUGUGAAUAUGAAUCUGUCUACAAGUGAUAUAUUCGAGAAAUUCGACAAGAACAAAGACGGUAAGAUCUCAUGGGAAGAGUUUCGUGAUGCUAUGAAUGCUCUCUCUCCGACCAUCCCCUCGGAGAAACUUGUCGAGAUGUUCAUCCAGCUUGACACAAACGGUGAUGGUCAGGUCGAUGCGACUGAGUUCGCUUCGUGCAUGGACCAAACCGCCCGGUCUAGUGGUUGUGGCGUGGAAAAGGAGUUGAAGGAUGCGUUUAGAUUAUAUGAUAUUGAUUCUGAUGGGAAAAUAUCGGCGAAUGAGUUAUAUGAGGUGAUGACUCGGCUCGGGGAAAAGUGUUCGCUCGAAAUCUGUGUGGAGAUGGUUCGAGCCGUCGAUGUAGAUGGCGAUGGUUAUAUUAGCUUUGAGAAAUUCAAGAGUAUGAUGGGUUUUUAG